AUGUAUGGGAACCUUGCACACAUUAUUGUGGGGAGAGGUUUAUAUGUUAGAUAUUAUUACAUUGUAUGCCUGUGUGCAGCACUGAACAAAGCACAAGUCCAUGCUGACCUUUUUAAUGUUUUGCUCUUUCCUUUGAAGGUUGAACGAGCAGAUGCUGGUUUACCCAGCGAAGCAAAAAGCUCCCCUCUUCCUGUCUUUAACUACGAUGAAGUCACAAAGCACCGCUCUCUGGAAGAUGGCAUAUGGGUCACUUAUAAAGGAGGUGUUUAUGACAUCACUGAGUUUGUGGCGAUGCACCCUGGUGGGAAUAAAAUCUUGCUAGCAGCAGGUGGUGCCCUUGAACCUUUUUGGGCCCUCUAUGCUGUUCAUGACCAGGAAUAUGUGCUGGAGAUCCUCUCGCAGUAUAAGGUUGGCGAGCUGAGUGUGGAGGACCAGAAGAAGCAGGAGGACACCAAGGCCUCAGACCCCUACGCCUCUGACCCUGAGCGCCACCCUGUGCUUCGAGUUAACUGCAAAAAGCCCUUCAAUGCCGAGCCUCCUUCAGAGAUCCUGACAGAAAGCUACAUCACUCCUCAUGUGUUUUUCUUCAAAAGAAACCACCUUCCUGUUCCUCAGGUUGACCCGGCUUCAUAUCGCCUCCAAGUGGAGGGCCUGCCAGGAGGAGAGCUCUCUCUGUCUUUAGAGGACUUGAAGACGCAAUUUCCCAAGCACACCGUUACCGCUGCAAUGCAGUGUGCAGGAAACCGCCGCAGCGAUAUGAAUAACAUAAAGGAGGUGCAAGGACUGAACUGGGGCGUAUCUGCCAUAGGGAACGCUAAAUGGGGCGGCACAAGGCUCAGAGAUGUGCUCCUGGCUGCGGGGUUUGGGCCAGAAGUGGCCAAUUGGGCUCGCCAUGUCCACUUUGAAGGACUGGAUAAAGAUGUGACGGGGACAGCAUACGGUACCUCCAUCCCUAUCAGUAAGGCCAUCAGUGAGGAGGGCGAUGUGCUCUUGGCUUAUGAAAUGAACGGUGAGGAUCUUCCCCCUGAUCAUGGCUUCCCGUUGCGCGUCGUGGUACCGGGCGUAGUGGGAGCACGCAACGUGAAGUGGCUGGGGCGGAUUGUGAUCAGCGCAGAGGAAAGCGCCAGCCACUGGCAGCAGCACGACUAUAAAGGUUUUUCUCCUGGGACGGACUGGAGCAAGGUUGACCCCAAAUCCGCUCCGGCCAUCCAGGAGCUUCCCAUUCAGUCCGCCAUUACCGUCCCGGCAGACGGAGCUGUGAUCGACCGCAGCGAGGAAACGCUCACCGUUAAAGGCUAUGCAUGGAGCGGCGGCGGCAGAGAGGUGGUGCGUGUGGAUGUGUCCCUGGAUGGAGGGAACACAUGGCAGGUGGCCCAGCUGAGGAAUGGGGACGAAGGGGAGACUACUGAGCCGUCACCUCCUCCUGGUCGAGCCUGGGCCUGGAAGCUGUGGGAGCUGACGGCUCCUCUCCCGCCACAGGCUGAGGAGCUAGAGAUUAUCUGCAAGGCGGUGGAUAACAGCUACAACGUGCAGCCAGACACCAUCCUGCCCAUCUGGAACUUGAGAGGACUGUUGAACAAUGCCUGGCACAGAGUGAAGGUCAGAGUCAGAGAAGAUUAAUGGGAGGGACAGGUUCAGUGGUUCAGAUCCAUAACUGAGUCACCAUGAGGGAACUGUGUUUACAGAGUGACUCAGUGAUAAACAGGAAGAGGAAUUGCUGCGUAUAAAACAUUUAUGUGGUGUUUCCUAGAAUAUAACAGAAGAAACUGAAGCAUCUCAACCGUAUGGGAUGUCACUUGAAUUUUAGAGGUGAUGUAGGGAAGGGAGGGGCGUCCAGCUUUUCCUGAUUAACACUGAUGUUCAGGUCUCUGAAGUCUGAACCAUAGGUUUAGAUUCUCUUCAACUAAAGGAAGGUUCCUGGAUAAAAGUAGCCUCGACUUAAAUGAAUGUUUGUUGGUUCAUGCACUGAUCGAUGAACUCAGCAUUCUGUGUAACAUUUCUCUGAAGCUAAGUUUUAGAGUAUUUUUUUCUGCUUGUUUGAAGAAAGUAAUGGCAUCAGGCAACCUGUAGCCUGUGGAGUCCUUUUUAGGGAGAUGGUCCUUUUAAACAAAUAAAGCACAUAAUGAAAGAAUAAGGAAGAAAAAUAUCACUUGUAGAAAUUUAUUUGGGAGUUAUUUGCUGAUUUUGGAAAUCAAUUAUUUACUAAUGCCUUUCUUUGUAAUUUAAACUUUUUUGAUCUCACAUUGGAGAAAUUUACCACUUCAUUUAACCCAUCCCCUUGAGGAGCAGUGGGCUGCCAUCGUGAGGCGCCUUGGGAGCAAAAACAGGGGGUUAAGGGUCUUGCUCAGAGACCCAGAGUGGCAGUCUGUGGGAGUGGGUUUCUCAGGACUCCAUGCCCUAUGCCCUAACCACUAGGCCGCCACUAAAUGCUUACCUCAUUUAUUCCUCAUUAUAACUCUUGUUCCAAAGAGAAGCUAUAUAGGAGCUAUAGGUUACAAACACCUGUUAUAGACACCAUAGAGAACUGUGAGAGCUACUGGUUUUAAAGUGUUUUAAAUAAACAGAAGAAAAAAAAACAGUAAAUUGAUUAAUGGAAAAUUGGCUGAUUCUAGUCUUUAGUCUGAUUACUGGAUCUAAAGAAGUUUUAAUUUCAUAGUUUUAUAAUCUAUAGAGAACCUUUUUUUGUAAAUGAACACAAAAUCUGUAAACAAUUAGUUAAAUCUCUUAAAACAGGAAGGUUAUAGAGACAUUUGAUGUUAUUGGGAGAUGGAUUGUGACUUCUUGAAAAGCUUCAUAUCUUUUUUUUUCACAUCUUUUUUUCAGAAUUUUCUACUUUAGCUUGAACUUUGCGAUAUUCAUUUUAAUGAGAAUCAAGAAAUUAUGUGAAAAAACAAGUUGUAACCAGGUGAAAACAUUCAACCCGACCAUUGCCGCACAGCGCCUUCCUGCAAUAAAGCAGUGAUGGAAACGUCUCGAGCAGAAGGUCGUCCUAAAGGGUCGACUUUUGGAGACUCGACAAACCAAAACACUUUUAGAAAGCUCCUUAUUGUAAUUCAGUCGCCCUGUAAUUCCCACACAGGCAGUUUGAGAAGACUGCUUGUUAAUAGUAUAACUUUAUAGACUAGGAUUGUAGCAUAUUCUAAUAGAUAGACCACUUUUUGUAGGCUAAAUGUAGGUUGUUCUUUGAGCAACUGUCUGUCAUCAGAUUAGGCUUUCUUUAUGUGAGUCAGCAGUGCAGCAGCUGUGUCAAUGAGAGUGAGAGUUGCAUUAAAGCGGCGUCUCUGUUCCUCGAAGGACAAAACUGGAUAAGUCUGUCUACAAUAAUGUAUCCUAAACAUCUUCUCUGGCCUUAAAAUGUCCUAAAAAAACUGGAACAUGUAGUGGGUGGACAGCAAGUUAAAAUAUAGAUCUUAAUUCAGAUUGUAGCUGCAUUCAAACACUCAUUCAUUUAACUCAAACACACUGACAGCAGUCCUAGCUAAUUGUUGUAACUAAACCUACAUUUAGAAAAGAGCCUCCUGAAAUGUCAGCGUUUUUUUUUACUGAAAAGGGGAAAAUAGAAAUAAAAAAUGAGCUGCUAAGAAAGCUGUUUUCUCUUCUCAAACAGUAGUAGAGCCCUCAUUUGUCCUGAUGUUUACUAAUUUCUCAAAUCAUCUGUCCUCACUAUGACAUAAACUGUGCUGUCCUUUUGCAUUUGGUUGUUUCCUCCCUUAAAUUAAUUGCAUCGUUUGAGGUUAUGGAAGCUAAAACACCUUUAAUGUGGGGCUGAAACAAUCAGAUGAAUCAAUUAUUUAACUAAUAACCAUCUUAAUAGGCUUAAUCUGUAACUGGAAAGAUUCUAGAAAAUGCAGGACAUGAAAGAACCCACAGAGCAAUAAUUAAACCAAAAAUAUCAAAUGUUUUGCUGUGUAAAACAAAAUCGAUUCUGUUCAAUUUCACCACAUUUCAUUAGACAAUAUUUGCAUAGCUUCAAAAUACAAGUAUAAUGAUAUUUCUUUAGAUGAUAUUGAUUUUAAAUGUAAUUGCUAAUUGACCUUAAAUGUAAAAAAAUAUAUAUUAUUAUAUAUAUAUUUACGGGAAAACCUCUUAUUUCAUUGCCUUAGUUUUAUAUAAUUCUGUAACCCUCAGCAGCUGGUUGGCAACAACAUCUUGUGAGGUUUUCCAGAGCUAAAUUAUAUUCUUUUAAAAAUUACAUAUUGUAUUAAUCCUAUGCAUGGUGGUACGGAUCAUAUCACCAAAUUCUCCUCAAUUCAAACACAUAAUUUUGCAUUUAAGACUUAAAAAUCUUGUCUAUGAAAAUAUUGUAUACAGAACUCCAGGAUUUGUAGUGUUAACCAAACUGAGUUUUUUUGGAAUAAAUGAGAUUGUAUCUAACACCUCUUUUUAAGAGGGUAGCUGGUUUUUAUGGAGCUGUAAAUAUUUAGAUAAUUUUUGUUAAAUCAUACGGUGUGUAACUGGUGUCCUGCUGAGUUGUCGUAUUCAGUGGCAUUUUAAAAUGCUCUCUGUGCAUUUUCAAUUCUAGUAUACUGGAAAUGAUGCAGACUUCUGAUUUUACUCACUCUUUCUGCUGAUUUGGUUGCUGCUUAGUGUGAACCCUGUCAAAGUGCCAGUGCAACACCGCACUUUUUGGAUUCACUCGUUUUGUCAUUACACCAACUGCAGAAAUGUACUGGGUGCAUUUUGUUUUUCACAAUAUCUCAAAGAGAAAAUGGAGUUAAUUUUUCCUUUUAUACACUGAUUUAUACAGGAAAUCCAGUUUAAGUUAUUAAUCUUUUUAUGCCCAACAAAACGUUAUUCCUCUGAGUACAUGUUUACAGUAAAAUGUCUGAAUUUUGUUAUUUAUGUCAUUAAAAACUCCCAUGUCAUUUGUUUCUGUACA